AUGCAGCGCACACCAACAUCCAACCAAAAAAUGAAGUCUUCCUCACAACCAGAUCUCUCCACUGAAUAUGAAUGUGAAGACCAAGUAACCAUAAGAAAUGUGAACAUUAGAAAACGAAAAAAUCCUGAUCACCAAGAAAUGAUGGAUCUUAAAGAGGACCUCUUGCAAUCUUUCAAGGUAAUGAUGAUAGCUGAGAUGGCUGUGAUUAAACAACAAAAUAGCAAGAUCCUGGAGUCUAAUGCCGAGAUAAAGAAGCAACUUGAAUUAAAUGCCGAAAACUACAGGGAAUUAAGUAACAGAGUGUUAACACUUGAAAAGAAGCACGAAGCAGCUGUAGAACGUAUUGACCAAUUAGAAAUACAGUUAAAUGGAAUACAAAAACAAUCUCUAAAAAAUACGAUUGAAAUAAGAAACAUAUCGUAUGAGGAUAAAGAAAAUGUGCUCAAUAUUGUCAAUAACGUAUAUAAAACACUAAAGAUAACUGGAAUUGAUGAAAAUGCAACUAUAUACAGAAGAGGCAAAAAGAAUGGACCAAUUGUUAUUCAGUACCAAAACGCUGAAAGUAAAGAAAUAUUGCUAAAAUCUGCAAAACAAUACAAUUCUGAUAACAAAGAUAAACCCCUUAGUACCGACAUUAUAGGAAUGACUGGAGGCUCUUCACGAAUAUACAUAUCGGAGUCUUUAACUCCUAUGUCAAGAAAGAUUUUAGCAGCUGCUCGUGAUUUAGUGAAAAACGGAUCCUUCAAGUACUGCUGGACCUCCAGAGGAAAUGUUUUGCUACGCAAGGAAGAAGGACAGCCCACCAUAGUUAUUAAAUCAUUGAGCCAAAUUACUGAAAUCAGUUCAGAAUGA